GGUAUUAUUGUAAUAUAAGAAAACUACAUGGGAACUUUGUUAAUCAAGUCCUGCCUGGUUUCUUUUCUUUAUAUCCGUUCCCCAUCUCUUCUCCUCCACUAAACCUCUUCUCUCCCAUUGCCAACUGCUCCCUCCUCUGCUGCAAGAGAACUUUAAGAUAGACAAAGAAGAGAAGGCUAGAUGGGUACACCUCCAUAUUUGAUGAAGAGAGUCUACGAAGCAGCCUCGAAAGGAGACUGGGAUUCGAUGAAAACAGCUUACAAAGGAACAGAUGAUAAGUACAUGAUGUCUCCAAUAACGGUUUUAAAAGAUACUGCAUUUCACUUGGCAGUGUAUAGCAAAAAGGAUGAACCGCUUCAAAGUCUACUUCGUAUUGUUAGUGGAAACUCAAUUCCCGGGAAUCCCUGUACAUUACAGAAUGCGUAUGGAAACACAGUUCUUCAUGAAGCUGUUUUUACUGGAAAUAUGAAAGCUGUAGAGCUCUUACUCCAGUUUACCCCUAAAGAACAGUGUGAAUAUGAUCCUUCAAAGCAACUUGAGACUAAAAACGAGCUUGGGGAGACUCCAUUGUAUAGAGCUGCUUCAUGUGGUAAGAAAGAAAUAGUGGAGUAUUUAGUUAUAAAAAUGAAGCAAAUCUACAAGGGAAAGCUAUUAGAAGAGCACCGCAGGAGAGAAAAGUUAGAUAAAGAAAAGAAUAAUAACUCCGAGAAAGUAGAUUUAAAGCCGAUUCUUCAUGCUGCCAUCGAAGGACAACACUUUGAAACUGCUCUGACGUUGCUGAAACGGGAUCCAUCACUUGAUGAUAUGACGGACGAACAGGGCAGGACCUGUCUUCAUCUCCUUGCUGAGAUGCCUAGUGCUUUCAAGAGUGGACGUGCAAUGCUCAAAUAUUCCAUUAGGAACCUGAUAUACUGUUGCCUUUCCGCAUCAAAUGGUGAUGACGACCAGAGCAAGAGUAAAAAAGAAACUGAAGCUCUGACGUUGCUCGAACGGGAUCCAUCACUUGAUAUGACGGAAGAACAGGGCAGGACCUGUCUUCAUCUCCUUGCUGAGAUGCCUAGUGCUUUCAAGAGUGGAUAUGCAAUGCUCAAAUAUUCCAUUAGGAAGAUAUACUGUUGCCUUUCCGCAUCAAAUGGUGAUGACGACCAGAGCAAGAGUAAAAAAGGCCAUUCCGCCGCAAAUGGUGACCAGAGCAAGAGUAAAAAAGGAUACAAAGUGCUAAAUUUCAAAGUGGAGCUGCAUGGCAAUAAUAUCUCCGAAGAAAUACAAUAUGGCGCUAACUAUAUAUCAUAUAUAGACAUAUUUUUCAUCUGCAAGCAAGUUGUCAAUGAUGACUUCAAAGAAUUUCAAAUUCGAGAUGGACAAGACAAUAAAGUUUUUGAUGAUGCUUCCACAUUGAAGAUGUUGUCUUUGCAUGAACAUCAAAAUCAAAUUGUCUUGGUCGUUGAUACAGCUCCAAAAAGUAGACCUCAAUACUACUCAAGUGAACCUCAUAAAGGAUGGCAGGCGGUAAAAAUCAAGAAAGAAAAGGACAAGCAUGAAUCUGCAUUGAAACUUGCCAAGGAGCUUAUAGAAAAGAACAAGCGUCAUUGGUGGCAAUCUAUCAAUGUAGCGGAUUCUAACAGAGUUAAUAUCGAAACCCCUGGUAAAGGAGGAAGAGGACAAGGAGUAGACCCAAACCCGUUGUUUAUAGCAAUUAGUAAUGGAAUAGAAGAGAUUGCUAAAGAAAUACUUGAAAAAUUUCCUCAGGGUGUUGAGCUUGUUAAUGAAACAGGACAGAACAUAAUGCAUGUAGCUGUGAUGCAUCGACAGCUGGAGAUUUACAAUUAUGUAAAGAAAAAGUUCAAACCAAUUAUGGUCAGGCUGUGUUCGAGGAUCGAUAAUAAUGGCUACACAUUGUUACACCAAGUUGCACACAUGAAGCACUACCGCGGAGGAACCAAGCCCAGCCCUGCACUCAAGCUACAAGAAGAAAUACAAUGGUUCAAGCGGGUGCAGAGGGCGGUUCCACCUUAUCUGUCCGAGAAGCGGGCACCGAGGGAGGAUCCGCCUGACAAUGAGCACAAAGUGACAGCACACAAUUUCUUCUUACAAAUGGAGCUUGAAGAUCAUCUAAGGGUGGUGGUUCCGCCUGACAAUGAGUACAAACUGACAGCACACAAGUUCUUACAAAUGGAGCCUGAAGAUCAUCUAAGGGUGGUGGUUCUGCCUUAUAAAGCAAUGCAACGUGACAAGGACUGCAAAUUGACUGCACUCGAGCUCUUCCAAGAGGAGCAUAAAGCUCAACUCAAGUUGGCGCAAGAAUGGAUCGAGAAGACCUCUCAGUCAUGCUCAGCAGUAGCCGUUCUUUUGGCCACCGUUGUCUUUGCUGCCGCUUACACUAUACCUGGAGGUUCUAACGAUCUUGGCUUUCCCAUUUUCCUUCACAACCGUUUCUUCUUAGCUUUCACUGUCUUGGAUGUUAUCGCCUUGGCUAGCUCCUUGACCUCUGUUGUGAUGUUCCUUUCUAUCCUCACCUCUCCUUUUGAAUAUGAGAACUUCUACCACAAUAUUCCUCGGAAACUGAUAUGGGGCUUCACUUUACUCUUCCUCUCAGUGAUGACAACCAUGCUUGCUUUUGCUUGCACCCUUUUUCUAAUAAUUCAUUUCAGAAAGAAAUGGACCACGGGUCUUAUUUCGUUUGCUGCUUUCUUUCCAGUGACAGUAUUUGCACUAAUGCAGUUCCCUUUAUAUGUCUCAUUUCUGAGCACUACGAAGGACCUCUUUAAGGAAGUCGGGAAGUACCUGCCUCGAUAUUGCUGCCCUUUUCGGUGCCAGCGUUGUAGGAAAAUGAGGCGAAUAUUCUGUUUGGCUUACUAGCUGGUUACAACAGAUAAGUUCUCCUAAACGUACGUGUUAAUGGGGACCAACUGUAUCAUUGAAGAAAAGCAAGGGACUUGAGGAUUUGAAAGCAAGGGCUGGGAGUUCAAAUGGUGGCCUUUGAAAAUGUCUGUAAGGUCGUACGAGUCAGUAGACCUACUAUUGUCUUUAGUUAAGUAUUUACUUGUGUUUUCGUUGUAGCAGACUCUUCUUUAUGGGAGGCCAUGCCUCAGUUACUUUCUCUUAUGCCUAAGACACUCGAUGGAAAAUAAAACAUCUGUGAUUCAAUCUGACGCAGGACAAAUCAAUUUGGCUUGA